GGGUCUAGAGCGUUCCAAACCGGAACCGGAAAAGACCUUAUGGACUUCCUUUGUUUUGUCAGAAGUGUAGAAAAAAACAGGAAGAUGGGACCUAUAUCCUCAAAAUGGAUUCAGUUGUUGCUUAUUUGUUACUUUUAUUCACAUGUAAGCUGUAGCUCUGUAGAGCAGAAGAUCUAUGUGGUCCUGAACAAGACGACUCCCUGUGUCCGGCUUCUCAAUGCCACCAAUCAGAUCGGGUGUCAGUCAUCCAUAUCAGGAGACACGGGGGUUCUCCAUGUGCUGGAGACGGAGGACGACCUGGACUGGAUCGCCAAAACGGGACCUCACGCUCCAUACAUAGUGCUCAUGGAGUCGCCCGCCUUCACCAGAUCCACAAUGAUGAGGCUGAAGAACUCCACCCGGGUUGCAGGAGUGGCUGUCAUUUACACGAGCACACCUCCAGAUAAGGGAUUCUCUCCUCACACGUCGUGCCCCAACCAGAACACAGGCGUGUACACCGAGAACUACGGCCCUGAACUGGCCAACUGCAGCGCUACAGUGUGGAACCCUCUGGGGAAUGGCUUGUCGUACGAAGACUUUCCUUUCCCGAUUUUCUCUCUUGACAAUGACAAUGAGACGCAAGUCAUUCGCAAGUGUUAUGAGGAUCAUAACGUGCGCGUGAAUGGCAGUGCUCCUGAGUACCCACUGUGUGCCAUGCAGCUCUUCUCUCACAUGCAUGCAGUCACAGACACAGUGACCUGCAUGCGACGCACGGACCUGCAGAACAGCUUCAGCAUCAACCCAGAGCAGCUGUGCGAUCCUCUAAUGGACUUCAACGUGUGGGCGACCAUCCGACCCAUUAAUGCCACCGCCAAGGGACACAAGGAGAACGAGAGCAUGGUGAUUGCAGCAACCAGGUUGGACGGGCGAUCGUUUUUCUAUGACAUCGCUCCAUCAGCAGAGGGAACAGUGUCUGGCAUCGUGACGCUGCUGGCUGCUGCCGAGGCCCUCCGCACUGUCACUCAAGUGGCUCCGCCCCCACGCAAUAUUUUCUUUACCUUUUUCCAGGGGGAAACAUUUGAUUACAUCGGUAGCUCCCGGAUGGUAUAUGAUAUGCAGAACAAUAAAUCAGUGAUUGAUUUUGACAACGUGCACUCAUUUCUGGAGAUCGGGCAGGUGGGGCUGUGGAAUAAACAGAACCUGUGGAUGCAUUCGGAUCCUGUAUCUCGGAGGAACGACACAGUGAAUGAGGAGGUUAAAGCUCUGGUGACCAACAUCAAGUCUGCAGCCUUCACAUUGAAUCUCUCAGUGGAUGAACCAAAUGCCACUCAGGCCUUACCUCCCUCCUCCUUUCAGCGCUUUCUGAGGGCUCGGCCAAUCCCAGGAGUGGUGCUGGCAGAUCAUCGAUCCUCGUUUCUCAACAAGUAUUAUGAGAGUCUGUAUGACACGGCAGAGUACCUGAACGUGAGCUACCCUCCCACUUCCAGCCUGAGCCCAGAGGAGCAGCUAGAGUAUGAGACUGAGGCCGCCAAGUCUCUGACUGAAGUGGCUACUCUGGUAGCUCGCUCACUGUAUAAGCAGGCUGGAGGGGAAGAUGGCAUGCUCAAAAACAUCACUGCUGAUACAAAAACGAUGGCCAAGUUGCUGUAUGGCUUUCUUGUUAAGUCCAAUAACAGCUGGUUCCGUUCCCUGCUGCCCCCUGACGUGGUGUCAAGGGAGCGUAAUACCAUCUUGGAUUCAGGCCCUCCUCAGUAUUACGUCAGCCUGUCGCAGACCCAACAACCAAAGAGUGUGACCACUUUUGUGAAGUACAUUCUGGCCAAUAUGACUGGCACUGUCACCAGCCUGAACCAGAGUCAGUGCCAGAAUCCGAAAGACAUUCCUGGCGAGAGCAAAGAUUUGUACUCGUAUGAGUGGGUGUCUGGCCCUGAGUCAGAGAACCACACAAAAGGGGAACCUUUUUGUGUACGCGCACCUGUGCGCCUGGCAAAAGCAGUGUCCCCCGCCUUCGAGCUUCGGCAGUAUGGUUCCAGGGAAUACUCCACAUGGACAGAGUCGCGCUGGAAGAACAUCGGAGCACGUAUCUUUCUAGUCGCAAGUCCACAAUUACAGAUGCUGACACUAGGAGUAGGCAUAGCUGUUUUGCUGGUGUCUCUAGUGGUGACGUACUUCAUCAGCUCAAAGGCAGACAUUCUGUUCAGUUCUGCCCAUGAUGCCACAAGUACCACCUACUGAACACACUCAUGCUCAGCCCACAGAUCAUCCCGCACACAUAUACAUUCAUACAGACUUUAUUACCACUAUUCAGUCUCCCGCAUUAAUUUAUAACUCAGUACCACUGUUCAGUCUCCGGCAUUGCAACGUCAUACACAGAUGUCUAUGCAUCCACCUGUCGUUGUGCAAAGGACCAUCUUGCAGGAAUGUUUACUCAUAUGCAGACCCGCUCUCCUGAAAUAACUUUAUUCCAAGCUGGUAGAGAAAAUGCACCAUAAUAUUUAAAGACUUUAACUAGACCUGGUCACACUGGAUUGAACUCGACAUUUUAAGGCCAGGUUUACAGACUGUACAGAAAUAUACAUGCGGUAGGAAGUUGAUGUCCAUAAUUUCUUCUGUUCCUUUUUUAAAUUGCAGAAUUUUCAUUUGUGCUUACUGUACUCUGGGUUUGUCACUAAUCUUAAGUUUUGUUUUUUUUUUUAAUGUAUAAAUAGUGCUUGUGUAACUUGUGUGUGCAUGAAUAUUAAAGAAGCAGUUUGUAAUUUUUAGAGCCCUCUGCUGUCUGUAAAGCAAAUCAUUUGAAAUGGAAAGAAAAAAUGACUAGCCCCAUGCCCAGCUGACCUCACCUGUAGCUGGAACCGACCUCCCUCAGUUGAAGCUAUUUGCUUCAACUGGGGAAUGAGCUAAUUUCCGGGCCAGAAAGAUGUAAACAGAAACCUGAAAGGAACAAAUUAAUCAGAUUCAUUACAUCCAUUACAAUAUUGGGAAUCACACAUUUUGUAAAUGGCCUUUGAGCUUCUGUGGUUAUUACAGGUUUAGAAAUGCUUUUAAAAAUUACCAACUGCAUCUUUAAUUUGUGUGUGUGUGUAUGUGAGACAGAAAAUGAGGAGUGAGAUAACUGAUGAUUAUGAUGAAUAUGAUUGCAUUUGUCUGUAUGAUCAUUUCAAUAUAGAUCAUUUGUGUAUCUGGAAGCAGUAUGUGCAAUAGGUAUUACAGAAUCCAUUAAACUUUGUGUGUAAGGUCUCCAAAAGAGACUGAAUUAUUUCCUGACCAGUCUGAAAGACCACUCUAAACUCUAAAGUGGAAAGACAUGUAUAGUUGUUUUGUCUUCUGUAACUGUAAAUCUCUGCAGUUACCAGAGCUCCAUAUUAAACAGAUUGAGAACACUGAUAAAGCAAAUUAACAGAUGAACUGCUUUAUUUUCUUGUGUCAUUGUUGUUGUUUUUUUCUGUGAGAAUGAAUGAGAGUAGAACAUGAUGCUUUGAUUACUGAAUAAACAUGGAUUAUUUGACAAA